CCUGGGAAACGAUAGACGCGUAAACACUCCCAGAGGAUAAAGACCGUUUAUCAACAAAACGUCGUUUAUCUUUUGUGUUUUCCCACGAUGUCUUUCUUUAAUCUGACUGCUUUGGGCUACCAAGAUCCAAUAAGAGCUCAAGUUCUUCAACCAAAUCCAGAAUACUCUUACAAUCUCGUCCAUAAAAUUCCAGAAAAUGCUUACGUGUCUUUUAGGCCACCGACUUCGCAUUUACCACCAAUCAAUAUGCACCAGCACAAUAAAGUUGUUCAGCCCGGCGAGUACCCAGAGCACAAAGGGUCAUACGUGGAAUACACAAGACGAUUAAAUAAGCACACGCGGACAGAAAAUGCACCAAAUGAACUUUACAGAAAUCCUCUAACAUCAAUUGAACAGCAUGGUUGGUGGGACCGAAAGGACGGCAUAGAAAAGAGAGAACCCUGGACACAUGUUCCACGACAUAGGCACGUCAACAGUGAGAUGACAAGAUUUGUAAAUGAAAUGGCAAUGACCAAUCGGGAGUUUUCCUUGUUUUGAUUACCAAGAAACAGAUGUUGUGUUGAAGGCAUACUGCCCUCUAUUGUUUAAUCAAGAAGAUAAUCAAGAAUCAUGUUUAUGUACUAUUAAAACUUCCCAUCAAGGAUCUUCCAAUGUAUCUGAUUGCAACCAAAGAUGGAUUUUUCACAUAAUUCAUUUAGAAGAUAUAGGUAGACAAAUAUUUUCAUAUAGAUUUUAAAAACAAAAUUGUAUCAUUUUUAGCACAGAAAUUAUUUCGUACUUCUAUAAUAAUAAUAAUAAUAAUAAUAUUAAUAAUAAAAACAACUUUUGUAGAUAUUAUGUGAAAAAUAAACUGUAAAAUACGUGCAA